UCUUAAAGGUACUAUGCAGUGACUAUGUCAACACCGUUGAUUUGGCUUAAGAUAUGUCUAUUUAUAACGUCUGAACUGAAAAUUCCGAACUUUUGCGAAUAUUUACGAUGUAGUAGCCGACUAAUCAUAUUCGCAUAUUGUACUUUUCCGAUAUUGUCCAUCAUCGGGAAAGUCCGGUUUCUCAUUCGUAAAUUUUCGUCGUGACGUCAGAGUCGUUACUCGUCUCCGCCAUAUUGUUUAUUUACAUUGAAAAGAACGACACGGAUGUUAGUUUAAGUGUGGAAUAUUAAUUAGUGUAAACAAUGGGACGGUCUCGGUGUUGUGUUGGGGGAUGUAGCAAUGUGCCAGGAAAUGGAAUUAGUCUGCACACAUUUCCCAAAGAAGAGAAACUCCGGAAACAAUGGAUUCGUUCAAUUCAGAUGACUGGGUCUGAGUGUUCAAGGGCCGGAUGGCAAGGUCCCUCGAAAAACGGUUCCGCAAAUGCACAGCUUGUGUGUUCUGAGCAUUUUGAGUUGACAAUGUUCACGAUGACUACCAGAACUAAAUGGAGUCUCGGUCUAGCCUAUAGAACUGCUUUAAUAGACGAAGCUAUCCCCACAUUAUUUGGCGACAAAGUUAGGAAAAGCAACCUUGACCAAGUCCAAGCAAGACCGGUAGUGCGCAAACGAGAAGUGAGGAGGAUACUGAGUGACUACAACCAGAAAGGCCAAGUUGAUAAAUCAACUGCUGUAACGUAUACAGAUGCUGUUCCAGAUUUAUCUCCUGUUAAUCUAGGUGACAUGACCGCCAACCCUCCAUCCACUGAGUUUCCAGUUGACGCAGUUGAAUUAGACAUGGACAUGGAGUUGGACAACAGUAAAAGAACUGUCAUGCAGAGCGCUGAAAUACCACCUCCCGUUGACCAGUCUUCAACAGUAGCCUCAGCCCUUAACCUUCAACAAGACCUAGAAACUCACAGUACUGAUGCUAAGAUCCAGUCAAAGAAAUCUUGUGAUGAUUCCCUGAAAAGGAACAUGGGUAAACUCAAACAUACAGAGAUGAGAUCAAUGAAUACCAGCAAUAAGAAGGCCUCAUGUGCAUGUCCAAAGUGUUGUGUAACAUCUGCUGUCCGGGGUACCCAAGUGAAUCGCAGGCCACCGCCAAUUAAGCGAAAAACUAAAGGGACAGAGACUGUGAUGGAACACCACAUCACAUACUCCACCUCAAGUACCCAGUACUGUGACAGUGACAUUGCUGAUGAAAAGAGCCUGACACCUGCCUGUUCUGAGGUCCCUCCUGCUCCACACCUUCUGGCUUUUCCAUUACCAGCCCCAGUCCUCGCCUCAACUCCUGCACGGAAGAAGGGCAGGGUUGUUGUUGAAUCAACACUCAACAAAUCCUUCAUGUCCACAUCAUCCUGGGGAUAUACUGAUGAUGAAGCCAUAGAUCCGGACUAUGAAACAGAAGCCUCAGUGUACAGUGACUCAGAAGAUGAUAACCCAAGGCAGGCAGAUGUACAUAAGCAGAGGAAGUUUCUUGUUUUUGAAGACAAUCUUUUAGAACUGUUCAACAGAUGUGAAAUGUGCCAUCUCCCUACCAAAGGCAAAGUCUGCAAUGUCCAGGGAUCAGCUAUGGCCAUCAAACAAGUUUGUGAAUGUGGACACACCAGGCGAUGGGAGUCACAGCCCAAAGUUAGAGGUGUUCCUGCUGGGAACAUUCUUCUUAGUGCUGGCAUUUUGUUCUCAGGAUGUUCACCUUCGAAAGUGCUGCGAAUUUUUGAGUUUAUUAAUGUAUUAAGUAUUAGUCUUUCAACUUUCUUUAGUCAUCAAAGAACUGUAUUGUGGCCAGCAAUUGAGAGAGUGUGGACAAAGUGUAAUGACCAACUGAUAAGUGUCCUUCUAGACCGCGAAGAAGAGCUUGUGGUUGCUGGAGAUGGACGUUCUGACAGCCCGGGACACUCUGCAAAGUUUGGUGUAUACUCCAUGAUUGAUAUGCACACCGGGAGAGUAGUAGCCAUUGAACUUGUGCAGUCCAAUGAAGUGAAGUCAAGCUACCAUAUGGAGUUGGAGGGCCUUAAGAGAGCAACUGACAGUUUACGCAGAUGUGGCCUGUCCCUUGCAGAAAUCAUUACAGACAGGCAUCUGCAAAUACAAAAGUGGAUUAGAGAGAAUUUACCUGGGACUGUCCAUUCCUUUGAUGUGUGGCAUAUUGGAAAAGCUGUGAAAAAGAAGCUCCUUGCACUGUCCAAGGAAAAAGACUGCAACAUAGUCUGCAAGUGGAUGAAGAGUAUCACCAAUCACCUUUAUUGGUCAGCCGCAUCAUCCCAGGGAGAGGAGGGCUCCAUGAUUGCAGCAAAGUGGACAUCAGUGGUCAACCAUGUUCAAGACAUUCACACUGGACAUGGUGACCUCUACCAGCAGUGCACCCAUGGUCCCCUUGAACCCCGAGAAUGGUUAAAAAAGGGCUCAAAGGCAGCUGCCAAAAUGGAAGACAUUCUGCUAAACAAGAGACUGUGCAAGGACAUCAAAAAGCUGUCCACAGGAUUUCAAACGUCAACACUGGAAUCAUUUCACAGUGUAAUCAAUCACUUUGCACCAAAAAUGACAGCAUAUUCCUUCCACGGACAAAUGUGUCGCCAAUACUUGGCGGCCCUACAUUUCAAUGAAAAUGUGCAAAGAGGUAAAAAAAUAUCAAAAAAUGGAAAGUUCAACCUGAAGAUAGUAUUUCCAAAAUAUAAGGAUGACUUUUCAGUCAAGUUUGUGAAUGAUGAAAUGACCUUUGGUUAUGUAAUGGAACUUCUUGACAUGUGUAUAGAAAUAUGUGGUGAAAAAAACAAACUGUCAACCCCAGCCCCACCUCCCCUCACAUCAGGGAAAAGAAAGCCAACCAAGGUUGAGGUAACAAGGUGUUUAGGAAAAAACAAAAGGUUGAAAUAUUAGUGUAGGGGAAAUAAGAAAAAACAUAGAUUGUGACUGUUUGAAUAUAUCCCAAGAUUUGUCAACAAUUUGGCAUUUUCCUUUUUUAACACUACAUGUAUAACCUGUAUCUUAAUUGAAUAUUAUUUCCUGUAAUGGUGGUUGUUUCUGUAUAUAUGCAUGUAUAAUCUAAUGAAUCUUUGUGACAGUGGAAUGGUUUUUUUUGUAUUAUACUUUCACUAAAGUUUUGAAUAUUGUUACUUAAAAAUAACUUUAUAGUAUCUGUGUAAUAUUAGCAAUACCUUUUUUUUCUUAUCCAGCCUCUUGAUCAGGUUUCAAAAGUUUAGAUUGAUUGUUUUCCUUUGUUAAGUGCAUGUUUGCCAUUCUAGUCCUUGUUUUCUGUUAAUUCAAUGCCAGAGAAUUGUUGUACAUAUCAUUUGGUGCUUUUAUUGUUUGAAAUAACAAUCAUCCUUAAUAUAAAUUACAAACCUAAACCCAUA